CAGACAUGAGGACAGAUUAUGACACUCAAGACAUUAAUACUCUAUAUCAUAUUUUAAGCCCUAGCCAAAAUGGCUGCCAAACUGUAGGAGGUGUAUCGAAGAUUCAUGGUCUGGAAGAAAGUGCGCUCAAAAAUCUUUAAGCAUGGUGUUGUUGAAACUAAAGUUCCCCUUCCAAAAGAGGGUGCGUCUGGCUCAGGGUCUCUGGCUGCUUUCUUGGGUAGCUAUGCUCUCUGGAGCCAUCACCUUCGCCAUGGGAGUCUUCCUCAAAACUGAGCUACAUCGCAGAUCGGAGGUGAUGCACAGUAUGGACAUCCACAUUGUGCCAAAUCUGCUGAUGGCAGUGGGAUUAGCAUCAGUGGGCAUCAACAUCUUUGCUGGUAAAGUCUGCCAGGACUCACUGGACCCCUCGCGAUUCCCACGCUGGAAGAUGUUUCUUCCUCCGUUCUUUUGCGUCUCCAUCUUCUUCACUUCCUUGCUGCUGGUGGCCAUGAUUCUGAGCUAUGCCCUGCAACCCAGCCUGGAUGAGUCUCUGAAAAUUGGACUGAAGAAUGGCAUCCGUUUCUAUAAGGAUACAGACACACCAGGUCGUUGUUUCCAGAAGGAAACUAUUGAUCGCUUACAGAUGGAGUUUCACUGCUGUGGCAAUACUAACUACAGGGACUGGUUUGAGGUGCAGUGGAUCAGCAGCCGCUACCUGGACUUUACAUCCAAAGAAGUGAAAGAUCGUGUGAAGAGUAACGUGGAUGGCCGUUAUCUGGUGGAUGGGGUUCCAUUCAGCUGCUGUAACCCCGCCUCCCCUCGGCCCUGCAUCCAGUACAAUAUCCUGGACAAUUCUGCCCAUUACAAUUAUGAGUACCAGACCGAGGAACUGAACCUGUACAAUCGAGGCUGCCGCCAAGCUAUGGUCAACUACUACAUGGGUUUAAUGAGCACAAUUGGCCUUGGUGUUCUUUCGGUUUUCCUUCUCCAGAUGACUGUGCUGGUGAGUCUGCGCUAUCUGCAGACCUCAAUGGCGGGUGUGAUGGGACAGGAGAAUGUGGAGAUUGAGACAGAAGGAUACAUCCUGGAAAAGGGAAUCAAGGAGACAUUGUUGGAGAUGAAGGAGAAGGCGAUGAAGAUCCUCCAGUUCGCUCAAGUGGCCGAUGCAUCAGCUACGACCCCGUCAGCAGAUCCCGAGGCAGCAACUUCUGCCCCUCCAGCUAAAUGACCUGUAAAAGUGUAAUUGUUUAAAAGAAGUGCCCACGUGCAUGGGUUCUGACCUUUACAUCUGUCUUUGAUCAUUCAUUAUCUGUAAAGAGCAUAAAUAUUCAUAAUUAUAACGUUAUGUUGUUACUUCAACACAUUAUAUGAGAUUAUUUUCCCCCCAAAACACCCAAAUAUGACAAUUAUCCAAAAAGGUAGGGCAUUUAAGGAAAAGUCCCACAGAUCAUAAAAUUACUUUAUUGUACAAUAACAUAAUUGUACGCUACACCUACAUGUUGUUUGUAGUUUCUGCAGCUUUAUGCUUUGCUUAAAUAGACAAAUGUAGACAGCUGACAUUGUAUGCGACAAAUAAAGAUAAAGUUUUUAACUGA